AAACAUCCAAUGCAAAUAAAACCAAAACACCCAUCAACACCAUGAUGUUGGGGGAGACCCACCGCGCAAACCCAACCAUACACGUGCCACCGUGGCCAAUCCUCCAUGAUUCCACGCCGGAGAUCUUUUCCCCUUACACAGCAAAUGCUGAUUACUCUCCCUACACUUUGCAAGAAGCACUCACUGCUCUCCAGCACUAUGUUCCCGCCAGCGACACCGAUGCUGAGUCUGACUCCGAGGUUCCUAACCUGGAACCGGACGUUCCGGUUGACGCCUAUUCCUGUGACCAUUUCCGCAUGUUCGAGUUUAAGGUUCGAAGGUGCGCACGUGGCAGGUCGCAUGACUGGACCGAGUGUCCCUACGCUCACCCCGGCGAAAAGGCUCGCCGCCGUGACCCGAGGAAGUACCACUACUCCGGCACGGCGUGUCCCGAUUUUCGCAAGGGGAAUUGCAAAAAGGGUGAUGCGUGUGAGUUCGCGCAUGGGGUUUUCGAGUGCUGGCUUCAUCCCGCCCGUUACCGUACUCAGCCUUGCAAGGACGGCACCAGUUGCCGCCGCCGGGUUUGUUUCUUCGCUCACACGCCUGACCAACUCAGGGUUCUGCCUCAGCAGAGUCCACGGAGUGCCAAUUCUGCUGAUUCUUAUGAUGGGUCUCCUCUGAGACACGUGGUUGAGUCGUCUUGUUCGAAGACGCUUCCUUAUGUGUCUUCUCCUGGUUCGAUUUCCCCGCCGAUGAGUCCGCCGGCGGAGUCGCCUCCGAUGUCGCCGAUGACUCGUCGGUCUUUGGGUUCGGGGUGUGUGAAUGUGAAUGAGAUGGUGGCUUCUCUGCGGAAUUUGCAGCUGGGUAAGGUGAAGUCGUUACCUUCUUCAUGGAACGUGCCUAUGGGGUCUCCUGGGUUCGGAUCUCCAAGAGGACCCGUAAUCCGACCCGGAUUCUGUAGCCUGCCCACGACUCCAACGCAGGCACCGGGUCGUGGUGGGGUCAACUAUUUUGACUUGUGGGAUCAGAGUUGUGAGGAGGAGCCUGUGAUGGAGAGGGUGGAGUCUGGGAGGGGCAUAAGGGCGAGGAUGUUUGAGAAGUUGAGCAAGGAGAACUCUUUGGAUAUGUCGGGUUCAGGUUCACUAUCUGGAGCUCCGGAUGUUGGGUGGGUUUCGGAUCUUGUGAACCGUUAAUUUCAUUUUCUCAUUAUCUCUUGAUGCCAUUUUGUUUCACUUGCCUGGUUUCUGCUCCCUCAGUGUGUAUAGAAUGAGAAGGAAGCAGGGAGGAGAAGAAUAGUACGAGAUUUAUUUUGGAAGAAGCGUCAACUUUUAUUUCUGUAAAUAUAUUCUCAAGCUAUGGGUGAAGUUAAGUGAAAGACUAUAAUCUUUUUUUGGGGGUAUUUUCUUGGAAAAUCAAGACGGACCAAGAAUUGAUUUACAUGAUCUUAAGUUUAGGUAGUGGAUGAUGAACUAUGUUAUUCCCAUGUGUUAACCGUGUUUGUUAUCACUCAACUUACUAAUCUCUUCUCAUUCAUGUACAUAUUUGAAAUAUCUGAUAUGCUAUGUAGGAUUCGUAAGUUCAAACCCUUUCCAUUAUGGUAUCAGAAACUAAAACUCUGGUUUUAAUUUUUAAAUAUUUUGGGGCAAACAUGGUAUCUACGGAGUACGUUAUGCGAAGAUAAAAUUGUAAUACAACAGCGUGGAAUGGAGAUGUAAAUGGGUUAUGGGAAUGAGGGUGCAAGUAACGAGGCAAAAUCCAGGUGUCGUGAAUCCUAAAUAAACAGCAUGGUUUGGGUAGUUUGUGGAGUGGAUUGGAGCCUGCACAAUUUUAUGGUUCCAUCAUCGAAUCACCCAAUAUGAGGUGUACGUAUAUCCGCCAGAGUUGCUUGCAAAAUCACGGUACAGAAUAUGUUGUUGUGUUAGUGAGUCUAGUAGGUGUGGAAAAGUGUUAGUCUGUAAGAUUUGCAGUGUCCAUAUUUGAACAAGUCAUACAAUUCAGAUUACACAUAUUGGAAGUUGAAGGCUGUAAGUGGCACAUGUAUUGUAUCCGCGAGCUCGUGGUAUUCUAACAUGAAGACGCAGUUUGAAAGGGAUAUAUACAUAUAAUGGAUAAUUUAAAGUAGAGUUUUAUAUACUGAGUACCUUUUUCGAUGCGUAAACUAGUACGUGGAUGCUUAAACUAGGCUAAGAAUAACAAAAACCCCUUAAAAGUAUAAUAUAUUUAAAAGUAUUUAUAAUAAGAAAUGGUUGUUCAACUGGUUAUUUAUAUAUCAAAUAAUAUAAUAUAAUUGUU